AUACAUGGUGAUAUUUUAAACAAACAAACUUCUCAAAUCCCCUGAGUUUUCAAGUGGCACCCAGAGCAGCAGCAAUCUUCCGCCGUACGCCACCACCGCCACCAAUUCCGGCCACCACUACCUCCACCUUUCACAAAAUCUCAAUUCCAGAUAACCUUCAAAACUUCAAAAUUUAGAUCUCUAGCCACAACAGCAACUUCUACACAUAAUUCUUCAAUCGAGCUUCUUCAAUCACUUUAAUUUCAUCUAAUUCAGAACUACAUUGUUGCCGUAGAUAUGGAUCGCCGGAGUUGGCCCUGGAAGAAGAAAUCAUCUGAUAAGACAGUUGUUGAGAAAGUAGAAUCCGUUAUUGUUCCUGCUUCCGCUGGUUCUCAGGGUGACAAGGUUAAACAAGAUAGCUACAAAAAGCCAAAUUACGUUCAAAUAUCUGUGGAUCAAUAUUCCGAGUUAACUGGAUUGGAGGAUCAAGUUAAAUCAUAUGAAGAUCAAGUGAAAACAUACGAUGAACAAGUGAAACGAUACGAAGAUCAACAAUUGGUAUACGAAGAUCAGAUCAAAAGUUUAGAAGAUGAAGUAAAGGAAUUGAAUGAGCAACUUUCCGAAGCCCAUUCGGAAAUGAUUACGAAGGAGAAUUUGGUCAAACAACACGCUAAAGUUGCCGAGGAAGCCGUUUCAGGUUGGGAGAAGGCGGAGGCAGAAGCUGCAACAUUGAAGAACCAUCUAGAAUCGGUUACUUUAUUAAAACUAACCGCUGAAGACCGAGCCACACAUUUAGACGGUGCGUUAAAGGAAUGCAUGCGUCAAAUACGAAACUUAAAGGAAGAACACGAACAAACCGUGCACGAUAUUGUUCUCGCAAAAACAAAACAAUUUGAGAAAAUGAAGCUCGAGUUUGACACAAAGGUAGCGAAUCUAGAUCAAGAACUCAUGCAAUCCGCUGCCGAAAACGCUGCGGUUUCACGGUCGCUACAUGAUCGUUCCAACAUGCUUGUUAAAAUGAGCGAAGAGAAAUCACAAGCAGAAGCGGAGAUCGAGGUUCUAAAAAGCAACGUUGAAUCAUGUGAACGGGAAAUAAAUUCGCUUAAAUAUGAACUGCAUAUAGUUGCUAAAGAGUUAGAAAUUCGUAACGAAGAAAAGAAUAUGAGUGUGCGAUCUGCCGAAGUUGCAAACAAGCAGCAUUUGGAAGGUGUGAAGAAAAUCGCGAAACUCGAAGCGGAGUGUCAAAGAUUACGCGGGCUGGUAAGAAAGAAGUUACCGGGGCCCGCAGCACUGGCGCAAAUGAAACUAGAAGUUGAUAGUUUGGGUAGGGAAUACGGUGAGACUCGAGUCAAACGGUCUCCGGUCAAACCCCCGACAACAGGUUCGAGUCCGCAUUAUUCUUCAGUUUCCGAUUUUUCUCUUGAAAACGUACAAAAAUAUCAAAAGGAAAAUGAUUUGCUGACCGAGCGUUUGCUUGCAAUGGAAGAAGAAACAAAGAUGCUGAAAGAAGCUUUGACUAAACGUAAUACCGAACUUCAAGCUUCUAGAACCAUCUGUGCUAAAACAGUUAGCAAACUUCAGAGUCUGGAAAGUCAACUUCAGUCAAACUCUCAACUGAAAGCCGUUAGUAUGGCCUCAGUUUCAGAAGAAGCAAAUGAUGAUGAUGUCAGCAUUGCUGGAUCUUGUGCUACCGCGAUAGUCUCCGAAAAUACAAACCGUUUGGAGCUUAUGGAUGAUUUCUUGGAGAUGGAGAAGUUGGCUAAUUCGUCAAACGAUUCAGAUCCGUUGGAGAAUUUAAAAUCUAAAAUAUCCGAUCUACUGAAUUCAUUACCGAAAGAUUCCGAUACCGAUAAACUUUACGAAGAAAUCAACCGAGUUGUACAAGAUAGUGUUGGCGGGAAAUACGAAGAAUUGGCUGCUGCGAUUUCGCGUAUUUACAACUUCAUGUUAGUUUUACGGAAGGAGGCAAAGUCUGUGACGGGAACUUCUCUAGAAGAGAACGGAAUGUUCCAGAAGCUCGAGGAGUUCAACGAGACCGAAUCCCGCAAAAUGAAUAUAAACGAUUUUAUCCUUUGUGUUGCGGGUAUUCUUGGUAAAGCCAGCGAGCUUCGGUUCAGCUUUGUGGGGUAUGAAACGAAUGACGCCGAAGAAGCCAGUAGUCCGGAUUGCAUCGACAAAGUUGCGUUACCUGAAAACAAGGUUGACUAUUCAAACAGUUGUAAUCAGUUUUCCGACACAACUUCUGAUCCUGACACGCCUCAUGGCGGAAAUUCCGUCCCGACGUCUGAACUAAACGUGUCGCUAUUGAAAUGCUCGUUAGAGGAGUUUGAACAGAUGAAGUUGGAAAAAGAGAAUAUGUCUAUCGAACUUUCUAAAAGUAAUGAGAAUCUCGAAACCAUAAAGUCGCAGUUAAGUGAAACUGAACGUCAGUUAUCUGAAGUUAAGUCUCAGUUGACUGCUGCUCAGAAGUUGAAUUGUUUGUCUGAGACACAGUUGAAGUGUAUGGCGGAGUCGUAUAAUUCGCUUGAAGUUCGUUCAGCUGGGUUGCAAUCUCGGGUCAACCUUUUAGAGUCAAAGAUAGUAAUGUUGGAUAAUGAGCUUGAAGAAGAAAGGACAAAGUGUAAGGAUACCGAGGCAAAGUGUAAGGAUCUUCAAGAACAAUUACAAAGGAUUGAAACACCCCUUGUUGCUGAUGUGGAUGCCAAAAAUAAUCAGGAGAGAGAAUUGGCAGCUGCUGCAGAGAAGUUAGCAGAGUGUCAAGAAACGAUAUAUCUUCUCGGAAAGCAGUUAAAUGGCCUGCGUCCUCAAACGGAGUCCAUGGAGUCAUCGUUAAGUCAAAAAGGUCAAACGUUAGCCGAAGAAGAAGAAGAAAACGAGGAAGAAGAAGAGUUAACAAUUAGUAACAUCAUGAACAUACAUUCGGGAAACGAGUCCCCUAUUCAUUUAGACAACCAUGAAUUUAGUCCUUCGGAUUCUGAAGCAAACAAUCUUUCAAAAUCACCCGUGAGGGGCAAACAUAGACCCACGAAAUCAGUAUCGUCAUCUUCAUCGUCAUCUAACCCGACUCCUGAAAAGAACACCCGUGGGUUCAGCCGAUUCUUUUCUACGAAACCAAAGUGAACGGGGGCACAUGAAUACGUGUAGAUACUAUGGGAACAGUGGCGUUUGAGGUUCGUGUUUGAUCUUGAUCUUGUGUCAUAUAAAUGGUUAAGUUAGUGUAUUUUUAAUUUUUGGUUUGCUUUGACUGGAAACAUGACAUAAGUUUUUGAUAAAAUAUGUUUUUUACUUGAAGAAACAACUCAUGUUGUGUUUAUUAUUACAAUAUUGUUGUUUUAGUUAA